AUGAAAUUCCUACCACUCUUGUCAUUCACUUCGAAAGUGCUGCCGUACUUUUCUAACGAACAAGAUCUUAGAACUAUACAAUUAUCGCAAGACCAAACGCUGAAAGUAACGGAUGGGGAAAAAUUACUGCUCAAGAGACAGGGAGUCAACUUCUUUGAUAUAACAAACUUUCCGUUCUUCAAGUCCAAGGAAGAACCUGUCGUGGCGCAGUAUUCCUACCCAAAAAAGUUGGUUAACGGUGACAAAGUUUCGCAGAUAAUCGAGACUAUCGAUGAGUCUUCCAUGUACAAUGACUUGGCGCAGUUCACAAGUUUUUACACACGAUACUACAAAUCUCAGGCGGGACUUGAGUCUGCCACUUGGCUGUCUGACAAGCUAAAGAAUGUCACAAGACCCCUAGGCGACAAGGUAGCACAGUUUCAUGUAGACCAUCAGGACUGGCCCCAGUUCUCUAUUAUCGUCCAAAUCAAGGGAACCGAGACUCCAGAAAAUGUUGUUGUUUUUGGCUCUCACCAGGAUUCCAUGAACUUGAUAUUUCCCUCGGUCUUGCCCGCACCAGGUGCCGAUGAUAAUGGUUCCGGCACGGUAACAAACAUCGAAGCUCUCAGAAUUUAUUCACAGUAUCUGAAUGCGACCAAUGAUUGGCCUAGCAACACGAUAGAGUUUCACUUUUACUCCGCUGAGGAAGGCGGUCUACUUGGUUCGCUCGAUGUUUUCAAUCAGUAUGCCCAGCUUAACAAAACGGUUGUCGCCAUGUUACAACAGGAUAUGACAGGCUAUGUACCAGAUCCUCAAAAGGAACAUGUGGGUGUUGUGACAGAUUACACUACCCCGGGCUUCACACUGUUUAUCGAAAGAAUUAUUGACGAAUACCUCAACAUCCCUUACAUCGAGACAACAUGCGGAUACGCUUGCAGUGAUCACGGCAGCGCUACAAGGAACGGGUUUCCAGCUGCCUUUGUCAUAGAGAGUGAAUUUUCUCGAACAAACAAAUACAUUCACAGCACCAUGGACACAUUGGAUAGAUUAAAUUUCCAGCAUAUGGCGGAGCACGUAAAGCUAGUCGUGGGAACUGCCGUAGAAUUAAGUAGGUGGAGUUUCAGACUGAAGAAUUCCGAUUAG